GCUGGUUGAAGAGACCAAGAAGGGGUACGCGACGACCAGAGGGAGAGACAGAGACAGAGUGAACGAGGGGGGAGGAGCCGGAGGGAGAGCGAAAAGAGAGGGACCAUAGGCUCGUGGACCCUGCCGCGAUCAUUCUGUACCAACACGCUGCGCCGGUCGGUUUCGCAGCGUUCCCAGUGCCCUCCGAUAACACCACGAGGAGGAGCAGCCGUUCUCCAACGAGGUCACUUCCGCGUCCCCCAAUGAGGGAGAGUCCUCGUUGUGGAAGAGUCACCGGGUCGCCAAAUUGACGACGUCUUCUUCGACGUUCUUCUUCUUGCCGCGAGAUACGAGGACAUCGCAGGACGAGGCUCGGGAAGUGCCCCCACCGGUGAAAGGUGCCGCGAGAGUCUGCUUGUUUUUUUUUUCUUUCAUCUUCCGGGAGCUCGAUUCCGCCGGGACCAGGUUUCUUCAUCCCGACGAUUCUGGCGAAGUAGCUGCGCGAAGCUGUCGCUCGUUCUUUGAUCAAGGAGCGCCGAUGGUUCCCCGAAGAAGUUCUCGAGAUCAUCCAGAAAAGGCGAUGCCAGUCUAGGAGUCUGACGAGUCGCGGAUAAAAAUCUAGCGAUCUUUAAGCUUGAGCGGGAUUCCUCGUCCUUCCAUGCCGCGAUCGUCGUGGGUAACGUUGACUUUGUCGCUCGUUGGAAAGGAUUUAACAGAAAAUCGGAUUAUGGUGAACCGAUCAUUGAAAUGCUAAAGAAUUUUAAGGACUUUUAUGUAUACGACGUACAAAAAGGAGCGCUCGAGGGAUCGUCGAAUAAUGCACCUCGGUAGCUCGCUUUUAUCUAGGAGGUUCGAUCGGAUGACAGGUUCUCCAGUAGAACAAGAACAACCGUCUACGGGCGCAUCCGAGCGGAACGUAGUCGAGAUAUAAGUUUAACGUCGAGAUUCGUUGAAGCAGCAAUUAACGCGACGCAUUAAGGAUUGGGGUCGCGAUCUUGGACGAUUGACGUAUCCUUAGAGCGGGAUCUCGCGACCAGUCGCGCCGUACGGUGGCGGCGAAAGAGUUCGACGGAAAUUAUACCGUCAAGAUCGUAAUCACGCGCUCACGCGACCGCGCGAGCAGCUCGCCCAGACGCGAUCAGGUUUCGCUCCGAGAAGAAAUCUCGCUCUUCCAGCGCGUUCUCCACAGCGUCGCGUCGCGUCGCGCUACACCGCGCCGUGUCGUCUAACAUAAGAAGCGGAGCUACCCUUUUUCUCCAAGGAGACAAUUCCAUCGGUCCAAUUCGCUCAAAAACAAUCUUUGAUCCUGGGAUUUACGGUUGCGGGUCGGAUCGGAAAACCGUACCAGGGAACAGAAAGAAGAAGACGUCGAGUAUCACUCGAUCUACGGCCCGAUCUUCUUCACACAAUUCGAAAGACCAGGCUAAACCAAUUAUGCGAGACGGUAGAUGUUAUGGGUCGCAAAAUGAGACGUGAAACGGUGUGGAGUCGUGUCGCGCGAGGAAGGAGAGGAAUGUUUCCGUCCAGAGGACUAUUUACGAUUCAAAGGACGAGGACCUGGCACGGCGAUUCUCGAUAAGAAGGCAAGAUCGAUUCGCAUCGUGAUCGGUAUUAUCGCGGAAGGACGAGCGAGAGAUACGGGAUUAUCUCGACGAGUCGAGCUGGGGCGCAAUUAUCUCUGAGACUUAACGACUGCGGCUUGCUCCGUUCCGGGGGUGAAGGAGAAGGAUGACGAUGCGCGGCAAUGGUCCACUCGUGAUCUUGCGAUCGCUGAUGGUCGUCGCCGCCGCUACGACGGUACCGGGGACCUGGAUAAACCUGGGUCUGCGACACUUACCGCAACUGGAACCGGCGCAGACGAUGGAACCGUUUGACGCGAGUGCCUCCACGAUCUGCGUCGGUCUGAAGGGCCUGUCUCAGGGCCAGGGGAAGCUUUGCCAGCUGUCCGUGGACCACAUGUUCAGCGUGGCCAAGGGCGCGAAGUACGGCGUUAUGGAGUGCCAGCAUCAGUUCAAGGACAGAAGAUGGAACUGCUCCACCGUCCACGACGAGACCGUGUUCGGUCCGAUACUUAGAAUAGCGAGCAGGGAAACCGCGUUCGUUCACGCGAUCACCGCCGCCGGAGUGGUCUACUCCAUCAGCCGUUCCUGCCGGGAUGGCCACCUGUCGUCGUGCGGCUGUUCCAGGAGUAACAGGCCCAAGGAUCUAAAACGCGAUUGGAUCUGGGGCGGAUGCGGGGAUAAUCUCGAAUACGGCUACAAAUUCACGCAGGCGUUCGUUGAUGUGCGAGAGCGGGAGCGCAGUUUCAAGAGAGGCAGCCGGGAGCAGGGCAGAAGCCUGAUGAAUUUGCACAACAACGAAGCCGGUCGCAGGGCCGUCGUCAAAAGGUCCAAGGUUACAUGCAAAUGUCACGGCGUUUCCGGAAGCUGUAGCUUGAUCACCUGCUGGCAGCAGCUCGCAUCAUUUCGCGAGAUCGGUGAUUUUCUCUUGGACAAGUACGAUGGUGCGACCGAAGUCAAAGUCAAUCGGCGCGGUCGUUUAUCGAUGCGCGAUCCUAGGUUCUCCGUGCCCACUGCGAAUGACUUGGUCUACCUGGAUGACUCGCCGAACUACUGCCUUCCGAAUGAUACCCUGGGAUCAUUAGGUACGCAGGGCAGAUUAUGCAAUAGGACCUCGUCAGGCAUGGACGGUUGCAAUCUCCUUUGCUGCGGCAGAGGAUACAACACGCAAAAGUCGACCAUCAGGGAAAGAUGCGAAUGCAAGUUUCACUGGUGUUGCUUCGUCGAGUGCAAGACCUGCGUAAAGAAUGUCGAUAUACACACUUGCAAAUAGCGCGCUACUAUUUAUUUCUUUCUUUUCUAACUCUUUUUUUUUAAUAACUCUUUUUCGGACUUGUCCUCGCAUUGUCGAAGAUAUAUAUGUAUAGUCGACAGUACAACGUAUUCUGGUAACGGCGGCAUUAUUGUUUCACAGUGAAUAAAUUUUGAAUAUUUUUUUCUAAUUUAAAAUUUACU